UUUAUUUGUUUUCACAUUUUAAAAAGUUUUCAAUAAAAUUUCCGUGCUUAUUAUAUGUUUACAAAUUCUAAAUUAUAACUCUUUCUUAAAACAGGACUUACGAGGACACCUAGCCGAAACCCAAUUUAACAUGUCCAAGUAAAGCAUGGAAAUAAAUCAAAAAGGUAGUUUUGGUUCAGGCAAAACUACGGCAAUUUCUUUUCAAAUUCAUAUUCGCGGCAAAGAGUGAGCUGAAAUGUCUGCACCUACUGGAAGCCGAGUCGAGAAGCGCACGUUGCAGCUUAAAAACGAAACAACUGAUGCACAUAAGCGACGAAAGCAUAAGGAGGACGCGAAGAAGAAACAGGCUGCCGAGGUACGCGAACUGUGGUUCAAUACGCAUGCAACGCGCACAGAGUCGCAGACAGACGUAGAAGACUGCGAAUGUCAGGGAUGUCAAAUAUUGCGUAAUGAGCAAACGCAGCAAGAAUUCAAAUUAACGCAGAUUUCCGCAAAAAUUAACGCCACUAAAUGCAGAGAAAAACAACAUGAUGAAGAAGUGGCAAAGGAAGACUGUACCUGUCAUAAGACCUCAGCAGAUCUCCGAAGAGAAAGACAAAGAGAAUGUGACUAUGAGUGGCACACAAGCUUACCGCAUGAACAUAUUGCGGUAAGAGCAUACCUGAAAAGCACACAAAGUCAUCCUCCAACUGCGAAUAGAAGAUCCCAGCGGCGCGAUGAAGCUCGACGCUAUAAAGAGCUUAGCUCGAUUUAUACCACAAAACCAUGUAACGGCAGGCAGCUUCAGCACAGUUCAUGCAAGACUAUAGCUUGGUGGGAACCACAAGUUUGCACAAAUACGAGAGCAAAUGAAAGUGCCUACAGGCAACAAGAUCCCUCUCCCUCCCGCUCAAGCGCAAAACUAAGCAGGCAGCAAACCCCGAAGCGGCAGGAAAAGGUCGGUUGUUGGGAAUUCUUUAAAAUAUUUAAGUCCGACAAGCAACAGCAGGAGACGGAAGCUUAUGUGCGCGCACAAAACUCCAAUCAAUGCACCAACAAAAGCAGCAAUAGACCACAAGAGUACAGCGAAUCAUCACUUACGCCCGAAGAAAUUGAAUUGCUGGAAAUUUUGAGAACAACGUAUGCGCGAGAGUUGCGACCCGAGCAAGACAGUAGAGCAGCGCAACACACGUCAAAAGCAGAUACCGCUUGUUGUGCGCUUAAGAAGAAAACAGAUCAACAAACAGCGGAAGAAGCGUAUUACCCAAUCCCAGUCGAUACUCAGAAACAUGUCGUAUGUAGCUGUGGGAAAGAUGCGGAAGCAGCAGCACCAGAGGAACAAGCGCCAAAAGAUGAGGCUUCAAAAGAGAAAACCACACGCAGACGUGAUAAAAGGCGGAAAUCUAAAGCAGAAGAACCACAGCAACAGGGUAGUAAUGCCGAAGAAAAUAAAUUCCGGUAUCCCACCAAGACAACGAGCGAUGAAAUUCACGCGCCGAAAAAAGUCAAAUCAGUGCAAGCAGAGCUGAAUGCCGAGCACAAAACAGAAGUAGAGAAAAGUAAACCGGAUAGCACGCUCUAUGCGCCAGAGGGGGUGAAAGCGAAGAACAAUAAAAGUGCAAAACCAAAAGAAUUGCCCGCAGAAGCAGAAGCAGAAGAGAAUCAGACAUCUUGUUGUUCUAUUUUUGGGCGUAAAAAAGCAAAACCAAGUACAGAAAAGGAGAAAUCCAAAAAACCACAGUCAACAAAGCGAAAGAAGUAUACGGAAAAUAAGCAAAAAUCCAAAGCGCAAGCGUCGCAACCAAUUGGAAGAGAAAGAAUAAAAGGCACAAAUCUAAAUAAGCGAAAUCAACCGGCUUUUCGACCUAAAGCUGCGACAAAACCGAAGCUAUCCCUAAUGGAUCCGACCUCCACUAAAGCGCCGGCGCCACAAAAACCUCCACCAGCUGCUACAAAAGUACAACAACCGUCCAAGAAACCUGAAUCUCAACCGGGCGGUGAUGGCAAAGUUGUAAGGCGGCGAAAUCUACCAGCUUUUCGUCCAAAAACAAUCCCGAAAUCAAAACCUUCUAGCCGAAAAAUUCAAGCCGAGCCCCAACCUGCCGGUAAAAGCUCACUUAAAAAGAAGCGCUCAUCUGAGACGACCGGUUGCCUGUGUUUGAAACCGAAAAAGCAGGGAAAGCGAAGCACAUUUGACGAGAGCAGUAGAAGAAAAAAUAGAGAUGAGAAGCACACUACACCGAAGAUGUCCAAAAAGACACCUGAUCUGGUUAGAAGUCAAGAAAAAAUUGAAAAGCAUUCAUCAAAGAAAUCAGAUGAGACAAAGCGAAAGUCCGAUAAGGACAAAGCUUUUAAACAAAUGGAAGAGCAGACAUCAGGGACUUUGUUAUGUUGCUCCUGUCAGUCAAAAAGUAAAAAGAAUAAACAAAAGGAACUUGAAGAACCCAAAACGUUACCAUCGAAGAGUGGAAAAGUAGAAAAAGACAAGCGCGAAAAAUCAGCUGAAACUAAACAAAAACUUCCAAUGCCCAGACCAAGAGAACAAAUUCAAAGAGACAAACCAAGGAAAAGAGAAGACAUUAAACAAGAAAAAGCACCAAGAGUUAUGCCAAAGAAGUCAGCUGGUUCCAAGCCAACACCACAAACAGCUAAAGGUCAGAAGAGGAUAGAAAAGCAAACAUCCGGGAUAUCAGUUUGGACCUGUUGCCGAAGUGGCAAGCAUGGCAAAGGCGAAAAGUUAGACGAACCAAAAAAGAAAGACAGUAAGGCGAAAAGCAAAGACCUUGCUCAAAAAGGUGCGGCGAAAAAGGUAGAAAGCUCUCAACAAAAAGCCAAACCCAAAAACCAGGAAGAAGUGACGAAGCAAUCUUCCAAAAUGCCAGGUUGGUCCUGUUGUUCAAGUGGUGAUAAAGAAAAGGAAAAAUCAAAGAAGACGGCUAUAAAGAUCAAAAGUCACGACAAAGUUCAAAGGGACCCACCCAAAAAGUUAGACGAAUCCAAACAGAAAGCCUCAAAGACUACCAAAGAUCAGCAAAAAGCAGAAGAGAAACCUUCCAAAACAUCGUGUUGGUCUUGUUGUUCAAGUGGUGGCAAGGAAAAGAUAAAGCAACAAGAUGAACCAAAGAGGUCCUCUCCAAGAAGUAUAAGUCCGGACAAGGCUCGAAAGGACCGACCUAAAAAGCUGGAAGAUUCUAAACAGAAAGCCUCAAAGACCACCAAAGAUCAGGAAAAAGUGGAAGAGAAACCUUCCAAAACAUCGUGUUGGUCUUGUUGUUCAAGUGGUGGUAAGGAAAAGAAAAAGCAGCAAGAUGAAUCGAAGAGAUCCUCUCCAAAAAGUAUAAGUCCGGACAAGGCUCGAAAGAACCGACCUAACAAGCUGGAGGAUUCUAAACAGAAAGCGCCAAAGACCACCAAAGAUCAGGAAAAAGUGGAAGAGAAACCUUCCAAAACAUCGUGUUGGUCUUGCUGUUCAAGUGGUGGUAAGGAAAAGAAAAAGCAACAAGAUGAACCAAAGAGGUCCUCUCCAAGAAGUAUAAGUCCGGACAAGGCUCGAAAGGACCGACCUAAAAAGCUGGAGGAUUCUAAACAGAAAGCGCCAAAGACCACCAAAGAUCAGGAAAAAGUGGAAGAGAAACCUUCCAAAACAUCGUGUUGGUCUUGCUGUUCAAGUGGUGGCAAGAAAAAGAUAAAACUACAAGAUGAAUCGAAGAGGUCCUCUCCAAGAAGUAUAAGUCCGGACAAGGCUCGAAAGGACCGACCUAAAAAGCUGGAGGAUUCUAAACAGAAAGCGUCAAAGACCACCAAAGAUGAGGAAAAAGCGGAAGAGAAACCUUCCAAAACAUCUUGUUGGUCAUGUUGCUCAAAUGGUGAUAAAAAAAAGACCAAGAAAAUAGAGGAAUCAACCAAAAGUCGGGAACAAGUUCAAAAGCAGUCUUCUAAAACCUCGUGCUGGUCAUGCUGUUCAUGUCGUGAUACGGAUAAAACAAAAAAGAUAGACGAACCAAGCAAAAAACACUUAGAUGCUAAAAGCCAGGAAGCGACUGCAAAAGAUUGGUCAAGAAAGUCUGAAAAGACAUCUACUCAAAGCCAAAGUCCAAGUAAAGCACCAAUGGACAGAUAUAGGAAGUUGGAAAGACCUGACAAUCCAAAGAAGAGGGACGAUUCAAAGCAAAAAUCGUCAAGGACUAAAAAUCAAGAAGGUGUUCAAAAGCAGUCUUCUAAAACAUCGUGUUGGUCCUGUUGCUCAAGUGGUGAUAAAAGAAGGAAAGAGAAAUUGGACGAACCAAAAAUGACUGCUUCUCAAGGUAUGAAACAACGCCAAGCUCAGGCAAAUAAGCCAAAGGAUUUGGAUGAUGCUAAACGAAAACCGUCCAAAACAAACGAGAAGAAGAAAGCACAAAAACAAACUUCGAAAACUUCUUGCACGUGUUGUGUUGUUAACGGCGAUGAAGACGUAGAAUCUAACAAAUCGAAAGGGAGUAAGAGUAACGUUAAAAAGGGACCAACAGAUUCUAGGCAAAGAACGGAUGCACAAAAUAAGCCAAACGAUGCGAAGCAAAAGUCCGCCAAGACCACACCAAAAGACGAGCAAAAGAAACCAAGCAAAAAAUACAGUUUGUUUUGGAAACGAUCCAAAAAACAUAAAUCAAAGGUUGAACCCACUGAGCAACGAACAGCGCCAACCAGAACGGAAUCUAGGGGGCAACUGAGUGGUGCCGAGCAAGCAGACCAAACAAAGUUCAAAAUGGCCAAAAGUACGACUUCAAAGACACAACAAGAUAAAGGAAAACGGAAAUCUUCCAAGACGUCCAUAUAUUCGUGUUGUUCCGGUAAAGAGCCUAAAGCCAACGCCGGAAGCAGAGAGGAACUCCAACCGGCAGAAGCAUGUGCUUACGAAACUAAGCCAGAGGAUAUUUCCUAUUGCAAAGCGCUCUACCAGGAACUGGAGAACAUAAUUACACAACAAAACCAAUGUCCGCUACAGAUUACCCAGCCACAUAUGAAAAAGCACAACAAAAAGCCAGAAAAUAAAAAUUUUAAUUGUAAAAAGAAACCGAAACAGGACGAACAAAGCGAAAAGAGGUCAACGGAAGUGAAAAAAGAACGGAAAGAAAGUAAAGAAAACAAGAGUAGUAGAAACGAAACACAUAACGUAGCGAAAACUACGCCAACAGAACAUACCGAGCACAAAAAGAAGCCUCCAGCAGAGAGCGAAAGCUCUGCCAACGACGCAAUUCCAGAAGUAGAUUAUGUGCCCGACUAUGUGCUGGGAAAACCGUUCCAAGUAAGAAACAGAACACUGAGAUACAGUUUGUUUACAAACAGCAGAGGACGGAAAAGGCUGCAUAACCCAGAAGGGCACGAGGUCGACUCUCAAGCUUAAAGCGCAAAACUAUAUUUUGUAUGAUUCGCAAAUGAAAUACGAGAAAAGUUUGUUUUGAAAUGUAGUUGUAGCGUUAAAAAGAAGAGGAUGAAGUGAGCAAAGAAAAUAUUUUUUU